GCGUGCGCCAAGCGUGGACGCCGGUAUAAAACGGAAGCGCCAGAUUCUCACAAAAGUCUAUGUAAAGAGGAUUGGUGCGUGACGAGUGCAGAGGAGAGUGGAGAGCAGCCAGAGAUGAAUAGAGCCACUAAAACCCACAUGCCUUCAUCCAUGUUCUUCCCUGGCAUGGGAAUGGCCCCCUUCUUCAAGGUGACUCUGUUUGAGCAGGAGCAUUUCCAGGGCAAGUGCCAGGAGUUCACCGACGAGUGCUGCAACAUCUACGAGUGCGGCCUGGACAACAUCCGCUCCAUCCGAGUGGAGAGUGGAGCCUGGGUGGGCUAUGAGCACCAUGACUUCCAGGGCCAGCAGUUCAUCCUGGAGAGGGGAGAGUACCCCCACUGGGACGCCUACAGCGGCUCCCUGUCCUACCACGUGGAGCAGUUCAUGUCCCUGCGCCCCAUCUACUGUGCCGCUCACCAGAGCAGCCGGAUGACAAUCUUUGAGAGGGAGAACUUCAUGGGCCGCAGCGCCGAGCUGUGCGACGACUACCCCUCCCUGCAGGCCAUGGGCUGGUGCAUGCCCGAGGUGGGCUCCAUGCACGUGCAGUGCGGAGCCUUCGUGUGCUACGAGUACCCCGGCUACAGAGGCCAGCAGUACAUCAUGGAGUGUGAGAGACACAGCGGAGACUACCAGCACUGGAGGAACUGGGGCUCCCACUGCCAGACCCCCAAGAUCCAGUCCAUCAGACGCAUUCAGCACUAAGAGGGGGCUGGUCAGGGCUGGCAGGGGCAACAGCGCCUCCAUCUGGGCUCAGGGUUACGUCUGGAUGCUGAGGCUCAGCACCUAGAUCUGGGCUUAGAGGGCCUGGACUGGGCUUUGGUUCUGGGCUUAUGAUCAGA